ACAGUAUUGCCCCAGUCCCAGACGAGAGAUUCAAUCAGUCAAGAGAAAAUACAGUUUUCAUAAUAUUUCAUUUUGACUAAUAUACGAUUUCAGUUGAUAGACAGUUACACUGGGCUUCCGUCUCAAUGGUAUAACCAUGAAAGACAUAGGAAACCCAGGAAAGGAGCCACCUGAAGACAAUUCCUCCAGGCGCCGUGAGGAUUGGCCUCGUGAGUCGGAGCCAAGGUUACAUUUCCCGCUUGAAACCCAACGGGAUAUCUUCCCUGUGGCAGAUAGUCGUGUGACGCUCACGCCACACGAGCCCACCCGCUUCCCGACACUUCACGGAACAGUCUCGCUGACCUCCACCGCAGCCACGCUCCACCCAAGGCUUCAGGUGACAAAGUCCACCGCGCCUCAUGGAAGGUUGCCUCUGGCCAGGAACGGGGUGACUCAGAGGGAACUGCGAGCAGCAGUUGGGCCGAUGGGCCGGGCACCUGGAGGAGACCCUAGGAGCAUCGCGGCAGCUGGUCAGUCCGCACACAUGAUGCAGGCCGGCCCCUCUGGGAGCGGAUUGGACCUGACGGGCUGUGCAGGCCCGAGGCUACUCAGACCACUGCCUCCUGCAGACACGAGGCCCAGGGAGCCCAGCAGACCCACGCAGCCAAGAGCAAGCAGGCGCCGCAACAUAACAAUGCAGGGUGAGGCGGUCCAUGCAGAAGAGCCGCCCCGAGUUGUUCGCCUGGAACCAGUUCCACCACCACAGUCCCCGGCAGCACCUAGCGACAUCGGGAGGCGCCCAGGAAGACGCCAAGCAAGGCACAAUCGUGACUCUCCGGCUUAUACGUAUGUGUCAGCAGACACAAAUGAAUGCGUUUGCUUCGCUGCUGGUGACAGCAUUAGCACCAAUUGGAGUGAGUACCAGGAAAGGACCAGGCCACAGACGGCACCACGACUUCCUCCAUUCGAGCGAUCUCCACUGGCCCCGAGGCCACGUCUUCUACCCAGGAGGCCACAAAUGGAGCCCAGACGCCUCAGUAGCACUGUUGACCAAUCCACCACACUCCCUCCACUGAGCCAGAAUGCAUCUAUGGUCUGUAACAUCAGUGAUCAACAGCAGAUGAGGGAGCUCCAGCAGGCAACCAGCGUGCCUCACAGCACAGCCUGCGAUCACGAGCCGCCACGCAUGAUCCUGUCCGCCUUGAGAGAGACGCAGCAGCAGCAGCAGAAGCAGCAGCAAGCAUCCGUCAGCCUCCACGGCCGCGGGAGUAACGUAGCCGCUUCCUCUAGGACCCAAAGGGACCCUGGGUAUGAGCAGGACGUGCACCGUGUCAUCGCCGAGCACGCAGUUCCACUGGAGACUUUGCAAAGCGACGCCAGAGAACGCAGACGCACGUGCAGACCGCCGCACAGGCGCCGGAGACGCCUCACGCUCGCCUUGCCGAUGGCCCGCACCUUCCGUCUCAGAACCCGCAAGCCCAUGUCCACUCACAGAGUGGUCCUUGGAUGAGCGCCGCGGCGCUGUGUGUCUGCGGGGACUUGGACUCAGACAGUCAGUCAGAGGAGGAUCCAUUUGUCAACUUCCAGUCCCCAAUUCACUCACCAUCAGUUGGACACACGGGUACACAUGAUGCUACUAAUAUCAGCACAACAAUUAGAAGGAUCCAAGCAUAACAGAAGGGAUGGCAUUUGAUUUUCCACCAUAUCAACAUCAGAGGCCACAAACUCCAUCGAUACAACAAGGCAUGAAUCUGUGCAUUCUAGGAGCACACUGGUCCUCUAGGUUUGGCCAGAGGAUGAUAGAAAUGGAGCUGUGUGUCGGCGGGGAUUUGGAUGUAGACAGGUAAGGCCUACUCAACAAACACCCAUAUCACUACAAAUCAAUGCUUAGUGUCAGAAACACAGUAGACUGCUUUUAGGAAUCUGCUUCUCUUUCACAGUCGAGGGGUCCAUCUCUACUUCCGGUCCCCAACUACUCAACAUCAACUGGACACACAGGCAAACUUGGUCGCUACUUUGACCAGCGCAAUGAUUUGAAGGACCCUGCAUACGAAGACAAGAGGUGGCACAUUUUAGGGGUUGCAUCAACAUCACAAGCCACAUCAUCUAUGCUCCUGAUCAUCUAUUACUGCACACUAAGAGAGCACUCUACCCCUAAAGGAUGACAGGAAAGGAAAUGUGUGUCAGUGGGGAUUUGGGUUUAGACAGGUAGUGGUAGUUAUUUGAGUUUAUUCAACAACUGCACACACAGGCAGGUAGUUAACUGAGUAAGAGUCCAUUUAACAUGUCUUACUGCCACUAACACACAGUAUAACGUUUUUAUGUUCUCUCUACUUCUCUUCUACAGCUGAGGGGUCUAUUUGUCUACUUCCAGUCCCCAGUUACUCAACAUCAACUGGACACACAGGCAAGCUUUGUGCUACUCACAGUUCACCAGCUUUUUUCCCUGAAGGACCCACCCUGCGUAUCAGGGAAAAAAGAGGUGGCACAUUUUGGCUUUCCCAGAAGCCACACCUAUGGUACCUAUGUGCCCACCACCCCUCCAGGAUAACAACAGAAGGAAAUGUGUGUCAGUGGGGACUUGGGUUUGGACAGUUGAGGGACCUAUCUGUCUACUCCCAGUCCCCAUGAACUUACCAUCAACUGGACACACAGGCACACCCAACACCACAAAAUAUCAGGGCAUAGAGAAGAAGGAUUCCAGCAUGGAAUCAGAAGAGCUGGAACUUUUUGCCUAUUACUUACACCACAUCAGGACCGAACACAUCAAUCAUACAUAACAGGUCUCUGUAAGUGAGGACUGAGAACCCACCCCCUGGCUAAAAGUCCAGCAGGUGAAAAGGAAUGGAAUUGUGUGUCAGUGGGGAGUUGGAUUAAGACAGCCUAUAGCUUCCAUCUGUCUGUUUACACUCCCCAUUCAAUCAACAUCAACUGGACACACAUGAGAAUAGUCUCAAAGAUAAGGAUCUAAAUAAGGAAGAACUUAAGAAGAGAUCUCUUUCAGACAGGAUUUGAGAUGGUAUAUGCGAAGUUGACACAGCUAUAUUUUUUACUCAAACUUCAACCCAAUUUUUGACUCAAGCAUGACUCUCAGAUCUUAUUGCUGUAAACUGUCACCCAUCAUGAAGCUUUUCACGGCCUUCCUCCCUGUUUUACCCUGCCUUUAUUGAUCUCCCUCUUUCACUCAUUCUGCAAUAAAAUAAACAUUUUAAAGUUUUGUUCGA